AUGGAGGAAGAACCCCUGCUAUCAUCGACUUCACAGGAUACCCGCGGCGCAGAGGGCAUCGUUCAGGACGACGACCUUCAUACUGCCCCUGUGUUAUUGGUCGUCGCGGCCUUGACCUUGACCUCCUUUUUGGUUAUGCUGGACAUGUCUAUUCUUCCGACCGCCAUUCCGCAAAUCACGACAGAGUUCCAUUCCCUGAGAGACAUCGGCUGGUUCGGUAGUGCAUACCUAUUGGCAAGUUCCGUAAUGCAACCAUUGACGGGGAAGCUAUAUCUAGGCUUCGGCCUAAAGUAUACCUUCCUCGCCUUCCUCGGAGCGUUCGAGCUGGGCUCCUUGUUGUGCGGUGUGGCACCGAGCUCGAAAUUCUUCAUUUUUGCGCGAGCCGCGGCGGGCUUCGGGGCGUCUGGUCUGCUGAACGGAGCGCUCAACACCAUCGCUGCUAUUGCUCCAAUGCAUAAACGCCCAGCACUCAUCGGUUUCAUGAUGUUAAUCAGCCAACUCGGAAUGGUGGGCGGACCGUUGAUCGGUGGCUUCAUCACGCAGUAUGCAGGCUGGCGAUGGUGCUUCUACAUCAAUUUGCCAAUCGGCGCCGUCUCAGCCAUUAUCCUUUCCGCCCUUACCAUACCGGACGGCUUCGUUCGGACUACAGCAAAGAGCACCACCAAGUUGUCGGUCUUUCUGGGCCUUGAUCCAGUUGGAUUCGCCCUGUUCGCCGCCUUCACAGUCACGCUCUUCAUGGCUCUUCAGUGGGGUGGCGGUGUCUAUGAGUGGUCAAAUCCUGUCAUCCUUGGACUACUGUGCGCCUCGGUCGGACUGUUUGCUUUCUUCUCCGUGUGGGAGAAGUUCGUGGGCGAGAAUGCCAUGUUCCCAUAUUCCAUGCUACGCAAACGGGUCGUAUGGGCGUCCUGCUUGACCAUGUUUCUUUUACAGGGUUGCGCACUUGUCUACCUGUACUACCUGCCGAUUUACUUUCAGGUGGUGAAAGGCGCAUCCCCGUUUGCAAGCGGUCUUUAUAAUUCUCCAGGUAUCGGGAGUCAGAUGCUCUUGGCUGCAAUAUCUGGUGUUUUGGUUGGGAAGAUGGGCUAUUAUCUCCCGUGGGUUCUUGUGAGCGGGAUUCUCGGUCUCGUUGGGUCGGGCUUGAUAUCGACGUUUACGCCUGAUACCGGCCCCGCCGCCUGGAUUGGCUACCAGAUCAUUGCUGGAGUUGGGCGAGGGUGUGGUACAACGAUGCCCAUGGUGGCGACGCAGAGGAUUCUCUCGCCCGAACAAAUCCCACUGGGCAUGUCACUAGUAGCGUUCUGUCAAUCGUUCGGCGGUUCCGUGUUCCUCACAUUCGCUCAAGUCAUCUUCAGCCACAGUCUUGAAGACGGUUUGAGGAGAUUUGCACCCACAGUCGAUAUGCAAACGCUGAUCGACGCUGGGGCCGCUGGCCUACGAAAAGUCGUGCCGCCUCAGGAACUGCCUGGCGUCAUAGAAGCUUACAACUUGAGUUUCACAAGAGAGUUCUAUCUUGCAGCGUUCGCUUACACGGCAGUCUUUUUCUCUGCUUGGGGAAUGGGGUGGCACAGCCUCAAGAAAUAG